CUUUCUACAGUGGUGGAAUCGAACGUCCCCGAGCGCACACGGCGUAAAGGAGAGUCUGUGGAAGGGACAUAACGGUUUUCUUUUCGGCCCCCCUCUCCACUGAGACAACAAGAACCAACAAAAACCUGAAUUUUAGAGGGGCUUACACAAUCUUCUUCUGCUCUAAAGGAGGAGGGAAGCGAGGGAUUGAAGCAGCAAGUUCUUUUUUUCUUUUUCAUUUUUUUCUCUUUUUCUUAAAAGAGGAUUUUGUGUUUUCACGGUGGUUCGCUCUUCGCUCUCGCCGCAAAGAUGAUGGUCGGAGAGGUCGAAGUGAAGGAACGACCGAGGCCGAGUCCGGACUAUUUGAUGCAAUUAUUAAACGAAAAGAAGCUUAUGACCAGUUUGCCAAAUCUCUGCGGGAUCUUCACGCACCUGGAGCGGCUUCUGGAUGAAGAGAUCAACAGAGUGCGUAAAGAUAUGUACAGCGACACAGUGAACGGCCUUGUGGACAGACACCCGCUGGAGCUGCCCGAACCCAUCGGACCCAUCGUUCACUUGCAGGAGAAACUGUUUGUGCCUGUCAAAGAGUACCCAGACUAUAACUUUGUGGGAAGAAUCCUCGGUCCCCGGGGACUCACUGCCAAACAGCUGGAAGCAGAGACGGGAUGCAAAAUCAUGGUGCGAGGAAAGAGCUCCAUGAGAGACAAGAAGAAGGAGGAGCAGAACAGAGGGAAGCCAAACUGGGAACACCUAAAUGAAGACCUUCACGUCCUAAUCACAGUUGAAGACACACAAAACAGAGCAGAGAUCAAGAUGAGGAGAGCGGUAGAGGAAGUCAAGAAGCUCCUCGUACCUGCUGCUGAGGGUGAAGACAAUUUGAAGAAGAUGCAGCUGAUGGAGCUGGCUAUUCUCAACGGGACAUACAGAGACAACAAUGUCAAAACACCCCCCCUUGCGUUCUCUCUUGCAGCAGCGGCAGCGGCCGCUCAGGGCCCCCGCCUCAUAGCGGCCCCCGCGGGUCAGGUGUUGCCUCCGGCACUCCGGCCCCCGACGCCGGCCGGGGCCCCCAUCAUGAACCUCAUCCGGCCCACUCAGAUGGCCGCUAUGCUGCCCAAUGGCACCCCCACCUUGGUGCCUCCCACACCAGACGGCGGACUAAUCUACACCACCCCAUAUGAGUACCCCUACGCCUUGGCACCCACCUCGUUGCUGGAGUACCCCAUCGAGCACAGUGGGGUUCUAGGUAAGAGAGCCUGGGGCAGCUUGGGUGCAGCGGGUACAGCGGCCAACUUUAGCCAGCCUGGACAGGAGGGCAGCUUGUUUUACCCCGGAAUCGGGGUGCUGGACGCAGCUACCAUGAGCCACAGUCAGGACUUUUUGAAAGGUGCAAUGGCUACUAAAGUGAGACGGCAUGACACGCGGGUCCAUCCUUACCAAAGGAUUGUGACCGCUGACAGAGGUCAGUUUAGUCUCCUAGCUACAUUUUGCUAUUGACUGAUGCAUUUAUAUGAAUAUUAUGCCUAUUAUGCCUCACUGCCUUAGUCAGAAACUUGUACAUUGUCUGUAUUGUACUAUUUUUUUGUUUUCCUCCCCCACCUUACCUGCCCUAUGCAGAGAAUCUCAAUAAAUUAGAAUAUUGUUGAAAAGAUAAUUUAUUUUAGUAAGAAAAUUAAAGCCUUUUAUUAUAGUGGUCCAUUACACACAAAGUGACGCAUUUCCAGUGUUUAUUUCUGGUAGCGCUGGGCAACAUGGCAUAAAAAUAAAACCUCAGAUGUUUUAAUACCAGAUCCGAUUUACGAUUUUAAUGGCUCUUAUCUCAAUCAUCCCUUCAGUGACCUUGUAUGACAGAGUAUUUGAGCCGUUUAUUGUUUACUUAUGAGAAUUAGUCAUAAUAUUAGCAAUUUUAUUAGGAAAAAAAAUUUCAAAAAAAUUUUAAUGAGGACAAAAAGCUUAAUUAUCUGACAUGACCAGCUGAAUUUGUUUUUCUUCAAAACAGACGGUUGUUUGCAUGAUAAUUUCAAAGUCCUGCUACAGAUAAUAGUUUGAUGCCGACAUGUUAAAUGAUUAAUAUUUCUAUUAAGUGUUAUAUGUAAAACAUAUACCAAAGUACAACUUCACAAGAUGCUCAACAUUCAUCAUUUUAUUUUUUUAUUUUUCACAUGGGAGUUCUCUAUAAACUAUUUCAUUCUCACAAUAUUACAACUUUAUUCCUGUAAAAAUCGUAGUCUGGCUCUGAUCCUUAAAUAGAGUUCAAAUACAUAGAAGUUGUAAAACACGAUUGUCAAACAAGAUGGCCGACCUGGGAGCUCUGACAUCGCUCUGGAAACCCAAGGAAUGCGUUGUUAAAAAAAUAAAUUUGAUUAAUCCACUAAAUCGUUUUUUCACCCAGCCAUGAUUUCUGAUGAUGUUGAUGAUUAUCGCUUGCAGCUAAUGGAAACCCCAACAUUUGAAUGUUAAGCAUUUUAAAACAGAAAUGUGAGCCUACUGACAGCAUGUAAUAGUAUAUUCAGUAUGGGGCUCAAUACUUGGUGUUUUGCAUGAUUUACUGCACCAGUGCAGCAUAGCAUGGUUCUGCUGAGGUGUUCAGGAAGCCCAUGUUGCUUUAAUAUUGGCCUUCAGUUUGUCUGCACUGUUGGGUCUGGUGUCUUCCUGUUGAUGAUGCUCCAUGGGUCCAUGGGUAAUCUGGAGAUUAGGCCAGAUUAAUUUGCUGGCAAACUACCUACCACACUUUUUCCUUCCAUUCAAUUUUUUUUAUUAUUGGCAAUGGCUAUUGUGGCUUAUCCUUAAAUAAGUAAAGUGACUAUCUGCUAGGCAAAUAUUAAGGCCACACGUAAUCUGAGUAUGUAUUUUAUUUCGGCCUUGUUUGGGAUUUUCAUUCUACCAAAUGUUUUUUUUUCUUCCACUGAACUUUAUGAAAAUAUGGUAGGUUGCUGUCUUUAGCUGCGUUUCCAUUGCAAAUGUGCACAAAAUUUGUCAAUAUUCUGCUAAUGUAAAAGAAAAUUUAAAAAACUAUCUCACAUUGUGUUGUUUCCAUUAAACAAAAAACACAAAAUCACACGUGAAUAAGUUUGUCCAUGCGAUAAGUCGUUAAAAACUGCCGCACUGUGACCCUGUACCACUUCCUGUCGCCUUGUUCCCGUUUGCGCCAGAGGCAACAUCCAGCUGUCGGUCAUGUGACUCGUGUAAAUAAAGUGUUUCCAUUGCAGUUUUGUGAAAUAAACUAAUUUCCAUAUGGACAAAAAAAAAAAAAAACUAUCUCACCCUAGAGCCAAACUUAUCAAAAACGAGAGUUUUCAAAAUUGCUGCGUUUCCAUCAGUCAGAUUUAAUUUCAAAAUGUUAACUUGCGCAAUUAUAUGGUCAAUGGAAAUGCAGCUAAUUUCUUUAGCAGAAAGCUCAAACUGAAUGUUGGGCUUUCAUUAGCUGUAAGCAGUUUCGUUAAAAGAACAGAAAUAAACAGUAUGUCACUUUGUGUGCUAGAUGAAUCACUGAAAUAAAUGAUAUCCUAAUGUAUUGAGAUGCACCUGUACAUCCACACACCUGCUAAAUGGUUGAGUGUGGUAUGCACAUUUUGUUUACAUGUAGUACUGAACAGUGACAGUGUGUGUUUAAGU